UAUUUCAAAAGCCAAAAAAAUUAGGCCCAAACAUCACUAGGAAAAAAAAAACCUACAUCUUUUUUUAAUUCAUCACACUCGCACGAAACCUAGUACCUCAGUCCAGAGCAGCUCGGCCUCGACCACUCUUCCGGCCGCCGCUCCUCCUCACUCUUCCCGCCGCCGCCGCCGCCGCCGUUCCGCCUCAAAGCUUUCUGACGGUGUAAAUCGCUUAUAAUCAGAACUGAGAAUAAACAACAAGAACAUGGCUGCUGCGAGUGGAACCAAUGAUUUAUCUUCAGAGAUGGAGCUGGAUGCUUUUCGACGCCUUUUUCCUCUACGUUUUCACGAGCGACAUCUUCUUGAAUCUAUAAGGCCCGACGGGCGUCCCCUUGGAAGGGCUAGAGAGACUACGCUUAGUCUUGGAGCUGUUGCAUCUGCUAAUGGAUCAGCUCUAGCAAAGAUAGGAUGCACUACUAUGUUGGCUGCCAUUAAAUUGGAAGUCAUGACUCCAACUAUAGAGGCACCUGAUGAGGGAUGCAUAGCCAUUGACUUCCACAUGCCUCCAAUUUGUUCUCCACUAAUUCGCCCCGGCAGGCCUGCAGAUUUGGCUCCGGUGAUAUCGAAGCAGUUGUCUGACACCAUACUGAGUUCUGGCAUGAUCGAUCUGAAAGAGUUAUGUUUGGUUAGCGGCAAGGCUGCUUGGAUGGCCUAUCUGGACAUAUACUGUUUGGAUGCUGAUGGUGCUCUUUUUGAUGCAGCAUUACUUUCCGCAGUGGCUGCCUUCUCGCAUUUGCAAAUUCCAAUAGUCUCUCUCAAUGAUGAUGGAAGAAUAGUUCUUGUGUCUGAGGAGAAUGGCAGAUCAAAGAAGGAAAAGAAACCUGUAAAUGAGGAGAAGAUCAAGCUUAAGAUGAACAGUCAGCCAUUCUCCUUAACAUGCAUUCUUCACAAGAACUACAUUCUAGCAGAUCCGACCUCUGAGGAAGAGUCCAUCAUGGAAACGUACCUGACAGUCGUGCUGGAUACGAAUCAUCAGCUCGUGUCUCUCAAUAAACCAGGUGGACCAGGUCUAGCAAGCACAUCAUCAAUCCAGGAUUGCAUAAUAUUAGCGCGAAAACGAGUGAAAGAACUUCAGCAGAUCUUGAAUGAAGCAGUUUCUGAUAUGGAAGUUGACUGAGUUUUUGGAUGAACUUGAUUUUAGUUUGUAGUUUUUCUUUAUAGUAUUAUUUUUUAGAGUUUUUUGAUAUAUUCUUUUUGCUUUUUCUGUAUGGUUUUUGUUGUAGUUGUAGAAGAGAAAUGAUGAUACCUUAGGGAGAUCAGAAAUAUGUUCAUACAAUACAAUGAGUUCAUUUUCACUGGGAAGUUCUAUGAACUUCUUCAUAUUGUCUUUGAUGAUGGAAAUGCGAUUUUAAGUUUCAAAAA